UCAUAAAGCUAAUUAUUAAGUCUACAAUUCUCUCUUUAUUUAUUUUCCUAAUUAUUUAUACUCCCAGUAUCAGGUAGUAGUAUUAUUAUUUUACCCAAAAUAAAACCCCAUUUAUUUACAAAUAAAGUCCCUGUUUUUCUGAAAAAAGGGCUUGGGAAUUGGGAAGAAGAAGAAAGGGUUGGCUUUUGCGACACACUGCGAGUGAGUGAGAGAAAUGGGAGAGGGAGAGAACAUAGAAGUGGAAACAGAAACAGAAUCCGAAGCAUCAUCGUCCUGGAACCUCGGAAAACACACUCAGAUAAUCGAGCUGUCGGAGAAGUUGUUGGACGGGAACCUCAGCGCCAAGAUUGAGGCUGCUAGGGAGAUAAGGAAGAUGGUUCGGAAAUCAUCGCCCUCGUCGAAGAUACGUGCGAAGCUCGCCGCAGCGGGUGUGAUUGAACCCCUCGUGCUGAUGCUGUCUUCUUCCAACAUCGAAGCUCGCCAAUCCUCUCUUCUCGCUCUCCUCAACCUCGCUGUUCGCAAUGAACGAAACAAGGUCAAAAUAGUGACAGAUGGUGCCAUGCCUCCACUGGUGGAGCUCCUCAAGAUGAAAAGUAGCGGUAUACGAGAAUUAGCUACAGCUGCAGUCUUGUCACUCUCAGCUGCUGCAUCCAACAAGCCCAUUAUUGCUGCUUCUGGAGCCGCACCUUUCCUUGUUCAGAUUCUCAAAUCUGGAACUGUUCAAGGCAAAGUUGAUGCUGUUACAGCACUCCAUAAUCUUUCUACCAGCAAUGAGAAUUCCAUUGAACUUCUUGAUCCAAGUGCUGUUUUCCCUCUGAUCAACCUUCUCAAAGAGUGCAAGAAGUAUUCCAAGUUUGCGGAAAAAGCCACAUCACUGCUUGAAAUCCUGUCCAACUCUGAAGAAGGGCGAACUGCAAUCUCAAUUGCAGAUGGUGGAAUCUUAACCCUAGUUGAGACAGUUGAAGACGGAUCACUUGUCAGCACAGAACAUGCUGUAGGAGCUCUGCUAUCUUUAUGCCGAAGCUGCCGGGAUAAAUACCGGGAACUGAUUCUUAAAGAAGGAGCGAUUCCGGGUCUGCUACGUCUGACCGUGGAGGGCACGGCUGAAGCUCAAGAUAGAGCUCGUGUGCUUCUGGAUUUGCUCAGAGAUUCUUCCCCAGAAAAGAGACUAACCUCAUCAGUUUUGGAGAAAAUUGUUUAUGACAUUGCUGAACGAGUAGAUGGAGCAGAUAAAGCUGCUGAAACUGCCAAACAGUUGUUGCAAGAUAUGGUUCAAAGGAGUAUGGAACAUAGCAUGAAAUGCAUCCAGCAUAGGGCUGCAUCUUGCACUCCUUCUAUUCCUUCCACUUGAUGUGUACCUUUUUUUCCUCAUCAAGCAACUGCACAAUUGAGUUUUAACUUGUAAAUAUGUGUUUUCAUUUUUUUUCUCUGGGGGGCUAGUUGUGUUAACUAGAUCACCAUGGAAAGUGAGUCUAUGUUGCUCUCCUACAUGACUGUGUAUUGAUGUUUACUAGACUAACAUGAGAUUGAUCUACUGA